CCCACCAGAGCCCCCUGUUCCUUAGAAACCAGGCGGCGUGUUCCCGGUGUCGGUGCGCUGGAUUCCGGCGCCCGCGCAUCCGCGCUAGCCUCCCUCAAGGUGGACGGGCGGCCUCCGAAACCCGUCCGGAUCCAUGGUCUCGCGUGCGGCUCCGGGCGGGCGAUGCCAGCGUGCCAGGAGCCAUGUUUGAUCAGGACUACAGGAAGGUCAGCUCCAUUCUGGAGACCCUUGUAAGGAGGUGAGCAGUUGAGCAGAGACCAGGAUGAAGUUGCUGCCAGGAGUGGGCGUGUUUGGGACUGGCAGCUCAGCACGGGUCCUAGUCCCACUGCUGAGGGCAGAGGGUUUCACCGUGGAGGCCCUAUGGGGAAAGACAGAGGAGGAGGCAAAGCAGCUGGCCGAGGAGAUGAACAUCACCUUCUACACCAGCCGGACCGAUGACGUCUUGCUGCAUCAAGAUGUAGACCUGGUGUGCAUCAACAUCCCCCCUCCGCUCACCCGGCAGAUAUCCGUGAAAGCUCUAGGAAUCGGGAAGAAUGUGGUAUGUGAGAAGGCAGCGACAUCAGUGGACGCCUUCCGGAUGGUGACGGCGUCUCGCUACUACCCGCAGCUGAUGAGCCUGGUGGGGAACGUGCUGCGCUUUUUGCCUGCUUUUGUGCGCAUGAAACAACUGAUCGCAGAGCACUAUGUGGGCGCAGUGAUGAUCUGCGAUGCCCGCAUCUACUCCGGGAGUCUUCUCAGCCCCAGCUAUGGCUGGAUAUGUGAUGAGCUCAUGGGUGGUGGGGGCCUGCACACCAUGGGUACCUAUAUUGUGGACCUGUUGACCCACCUGACUGGCCGGAAAGCCGAGAAGGUGCACGGGCUACUCAAGACCUUUGUGAGGCAGAACGCCACCAUCCGUGGCAUCCGGCAUGUCACCAGUGACGACUUCUGUUUUUUCCAGAUGCUCAUGGGUGGGGGGGUGUGCAGCACAGUGACACUCAACUUCAACAUGCCGGGUGCCUUCGUGCAUGAGGUCAUGGUGGUGGGCUCAGCAGGGCGCCUUGUUGCCCGGGGAGCUGACCUCUAUGGGCAGAAGAACUCUGCCGCACAGGAGGAGCUGCUGCUGAGAGACUCACUGGCCGUGGGUGCGGGGCUUCCGGAGCAGGGUCCCCAGGAUGUCCCAUUGCUUUACUUGAAGGGUAUGGUCUAUAUGGUGCAGGCCUUGCGCCAAUCCUUCCAGGGGCAGGGGGAUCGCCGUACCUGGGAUCGCACCCCCGUCUCUAUGGCAGCCUCAUUUGAGGACGGACUAUAUAUGCAGAGCGUGGUGGAUGCCAUUAAGAGAUCCAGCCGCUCUGGGGAGUGGGAGACUGUGGAGAUGCUGACGGAGGAGCCAGAUGCUAACCAGAACCUGUGUGAAGCACUUCAGCGGAACAACCUGUGAGCCACACACGAGGUUCCUCCCACGGGCAGAGGAACCAGGGAGGGAACUGGGAGCUGUGAUUGCUAUAGCAGAGACAGUGUCUUUUGUUUAAUAAAUCAGCCUGGGCCAGGGCUAGGCGCCAACUGAAGGUGGCCAAGGAAAAAGCCCAUCUGUCCAUGAUUGACUCCUCAGACUUGCAGGGCAGCAGCCACUCCUGCUGCCAUAUUGUAGGCUAGCAGUGUGUGCAGGAGAGGGCUGUCACCUGGCCCCUUGCGGUUCUCCCAGUGGGCAGGGCCAGUAUAAGAUCAGUCUGUGUGCUGUUCAGCCCGAUUUGUGAUCUGACAGGAUGAGAAAGCCCAAUAAAGACCAGCUUGGUUGAAUCCUAAGGGGAGAUGGCAGAAAACCUUGCCUAUCUUGAACCAGGGCAUCUCAGGACUGGUGAGGACAACAGGUCAUCCCUUAGGGAUCUUCACCCGCCCUCCCACGUGAACAGGCCCUUCCUACAGAAAAGAUUUCUGUAUUACACAUACUCUAGGGAGGAGGGCCCCUGACUUGGCAGAGAGGAGACAAAGGGGGACUGUAGAACAUCUGAGAAAUGUCAGUAAAUGGAAAAAAAAGUGA